AUGCCAAUACCUACCUCCGACUUCGCAGUUUUACUGGGUAUCGCUGAAAAGCACUUCAUUGCCCAAGGAUUUGCUGAUGGAUGCCGUGAUGAUGGACGAAGUGUGGACGACUUCCGUCCAAUGUGGAUCGAAAGUCCUGCCUUAAAUACAACAAAUGGUUCAGCGAGAGUAAAAAUAGACACUACGGAUAUUUUGGUAGGUGUGAAAUGCGAAGUUAUGGAAUGUGAAGACACAUCAACGGUCCCAAAUCGUUUGCAGUUCACCGUUGAUCCAUCCUGUUUAGCUGCUGCACGUACAGAAGCAAGAGGUGGCGAGUAUUUCACUGAAGCUAUUGCUGAUGUGUUAG